UCUCGAGGAUAUGGCAAAGCACGCUCAUAUACAUCUCGACGCUGGCUCGGCCCAGUCCUCAGCUAAAAGAGAAAGAAUCCACCUGUGGCAGAGAAUGUGGUUUCUGCGUCUACCGGAGAGCCUGCCGAAAAGAGAGCGAAGCUGUCGGCGAAAUCUCGCUCUCCAACGCCUCCUCCAACGCCUCCUCCAGACAUAAAGUUGUGUCUUUCUACACUUGUGUGGAAGGGCGAGCCCAUAGUAUGGUCUGUUGAUGGGAAAGCACCAGAGCAGUACGGGAAGUACGUUCGGGGCACGAAUUUCGUUGGCGAGCUCGGCCCUCCUGCUUGGGUUGAAGAGCUCGGCUACUUCGUCUUCAAGCCGCAUUCACCGUACGAGUUCGUCUACAAGAAACAGCGUUACUACGAUCCCGAGCCUUGCAUCGGCUCUAACGAGUACUGUGGGAUAUAUGGCGAAGGCGACGAGAUCUCGCCGCUCAUCUUCCUUCACCGUACCGCAAACGCGACUCCGUGGGUCGCUGAGAUGUUAGACGAAGAUAGCAAUAUGCUCGCCGUCAGGAGCCCGCCAUUUACGUUCUAUACUGGCGAUUCUACUACAGACUCCCCAGUCGAGUGCUUCAGGAAGGAAGGCAGCUCGCCGCACGUGGCCAUUUAUGAGCCCGACUUGGAGCUACACGAGAGGUCAGAGGCUACAGGUGAUGGCGCAGAGUCUGAGAACUCAAUGGACGAAGGAGAUUCGGGUAGUAUAUAUGGAUGGAGCGGCAAUUGGACGCGGGAGUUCAUCGAGCGAAACCGGCAGCGCAAGCCUCUCGGCUCUCUGGAGAAGGAUGUCUGGGAAUUUCAAACCGUCGACAACAAACGGGUGAGGACAUGGGGCGCAAAGGUCAAGCUGGUACCGGUCGCUGGAUCAGUCGUCUCGCAGCAGGACUGGCACGACGAGGAGAGUAUGCACGCCGGGAAGUUGCGGCUAAUCAGCUACAGAAUUAGGGCGAGCGUGCUGGAGGUGUAUGUCCGGUCCGAUUAUCUUACAUCUCAGGGUUUUUGAUUGUUGGCACAAGCGGAUUUUUGUGUAUAAUAGGCGCAGCGCACCGACUCACAACACUAUU